GGGGGGAAGAAGGGCGGGCACAAGCCUUUCCUCAAACUCAAUAUUUUAUACUUUUGAUACUCCUUGACGCUGGAUUUCAACCCUCUUUUCCCGGCCGCCUCCAUAUCUAGGACAACGAUCUGCCGUGCAGCCAUCCACGGUGUGAUUAAAAAAAAAGUAUCCAGCGGACGACAAAAAACAAACAGUGAGUCGGACAGGCUGCUGAUGGGAGUACAGUGAGGACCGCGGCAGGGGACGAGUACAGUGGAUAGUCGGAGGUGAUUUAUUUGGCCAAACAGGGGGACGUGUGCGGUCUUCACAUAAAGUGUUGACCGGUCUGACAGAUGCCUGUAAGAAGACAAUCAGAGGAGCUCAGCCAAUCUAAAUCAUCCAAUGGCUCUACCUGAAGACGCAGCAACUUGUCCUUCAGCCUCCCCAACAAGCAUUACUGUUCCCCUGCAGGACACCGCUGUCUGAGACAUGGAUCCCCGUGAACAUCUCCCUCCUUACUCCCUGCAACACUAUGGUAAAAGCGUAUGUCGAGACCAGUCUUUCUAACAGUAUCCACCUCUCCACCCACCGCCCAUUUUCUUUGGAAAAGAGGCUGUCCAAACAAGAAAGUUUCCUUCUCUCGAUUCUCCGGGGGGUGUCAAUAUUUGUUCGGCGACACCCAGCGAAAGCUGCAGAUAUAGUGGUCUCCUUCCAUCUGGGGAAUCUCUAAAAGCCAGUUGGCGAACUGAGUCAGUUUAGAUGUACCUCUUCAUUCAAAGUCGUGGGGCGGCAGGGAUAUUCAUUAUUUCUUUAUGAUUCCCACUCCAUGCGCUUUCCCUCUUCUCUGAGUUCCGUGCCCCCUCACCCUGUGCCGGACCCCGCUCCAUUCACCCCCCUACCUGCCAUGCUCCUCCAAGCCGUGUUGCUGUUGCUGCUGCACUGCUUGGCCUCCACUCUGGGCCAGUACGAACUGUGCAAGUCCCUGGUCAGCACGGACGAAGGCUCGGUGUGGGAGCAUUACGCGUGCCAGCCGAGUCCCGCGUCUAUGAAAGACUACAUGCGGAUCCAGGUAGAUCCACCCGGAAUCACGUGUGGAUCCCCGCCUGAGAGAUUCUGCACUCUGGAGAACCCAUACUUGUGUAGUGAUGAGUGUGAUGCCUCAAACCCAGAUUUGGCCCACCCUCCUCAGCUAAUGCAGGACCGUGAACGCAACGGCCUUAUAACCUACUGGCAGACAGUUACCUGGAGACGGCAUCCAGAGCCCCUGCUUGCCAACAUCACAAUGUCCUGGAACAAGAGUCUGGAGCUCACAGACGACAUCCAGAUAACUUUUGAGUAUGGCCGUCCCACAAUCAUGGUACUGGAAAAGUCCAUGGACCAUGGACGCUCCUCGCCCUACCAAUUCUAUGCUGAUGACUGCCUGGAUGCUUUCAACAUGCCAGCCAAACGUGUGCACGACCUCAUCGGCCAUAAACGUUACACGGGUCAUCUAGCACUGAGGCAGUACUCGCGCUGGGUCGGAUCCAAGGAACGACAAGAAAAUGUGAAGUUCGAGGUGCGAGCACGCUUUGCUGUGUUUGCCGGACCUCGGCUCCAAAACAUGGACAACUUAUAUACUCGCAUGGAACGUGCAAAUGGACUGAAGGACUUUUUCACCUUCACCAACCUGAGAAUGAGGCUGCUCAGGCCCGCCCUUGGAGGCACCUACGUCCAGAGAGACAACCUGCUCAAAUACUUCUACGCCAUCUCAAACAUCGAGAUACCUGCCAGGUGCAAGUGUAACCUCCAUGCCUCCCAGUGCCUGCUGAUUGAUGGGAACCUCCAAUGCCAGUGUGAACACAACACCACUGGCCAGGACUGCCAGCGAUGCAAGAAGGGCUUCAAAGCCAAGUCCUGGAAAGCAGGUUCCUACCUACCUACGCCGACUGGAACCCCCAAUACCUGUACAAUUGCUGGUUCUUCCUCCGGUUCUAACUGUGAGUGCUAUGGCCACUCCAACCGCUGCAGCUAUAUUGACUACCUGAACAUUGUCACAUGCGUCAGCUGCAAGCACAACACCAGAGGCCAGAACUGCCAACACUGCAGACUUGGAUUCUUCCGCAACGCCUCUGCCGAACUGGAUGAUGAGAACGUGUGCAUUGAGUGCAACUGCAACCAAAUGGGCUCUGUUCAUGAUCGGUGUAACGGUACAGGCUUCUGCCAGUGUAGAGACGGCGUCACGGGGCCCAAAUGUGAUGACUGCCUACCGGGAUACUACUGGAAACAAGGCUGUUAUGCUAACGUUUGUGACGAGGAGAUGCUUCUGUGCCAGAACGGAGGAACGUGCAGCCAGAACCAGAAGUGUAUCUGUCCUCUAGAGUUUAAGGGGGUACUGUGCCAACAGUCCCGCUGUGAGGCGGGCAAGGACUGCAAUGGCGCCUCAUUGCCGCACCUCUCUACAGCCACCCUGCUGCUCUGCACCCUGCUACCAUACUUGCUGGCCACAUUAUCACCCCACUGAGCCACGAAACCCUCCACACCCCACACCUUUAAACAAAGAACUGUGUGUGUAUGAGUGCAUAUAUAAGGCAAAGGGUGACCCAAAGUAAGGCAGGUCACUUAAGUCAUGGACCUCAACAAACGCACACAGCAGCAUUCUUAUAGAAACACACCUUACAGAACACUACCUAUCCCUAUCCUCCUUGCAAACACACAUACACACACCUCACUGGACUGUUAUGACGCUGAGUGUGUGCUCAGGUGUGAGAAGGACAAAUAAAAGGGAUGACCUCAGAGAAAAGAGAUGCAGUCAAAGGGGAAAAUAAUCAUACCAACCACUGUUCCCUUUAUUCCUCAGCUGGAGCGAUGUGCAUCAAACCAAAAAGCAUAAACAGAACACUUAAAUCACCACUGUUCACUUCAAAGGGAAUGGCUGUUGUAACCACAAGGACCUUUUCUGUUCUUUUCAUUUCCUUCUACGUUGAGUUAAGGACCUCACCUUUGUCAGACUGACAGCCAACGUGUGUGUGGUCGAACUCAGUGUGAGGGUGAGACAUGUCAACUUGAUGGACGGUUCAGGAGGUGCUCCUUUGAUUCUGCUGCUGAGGCCUACAUAGUAUUUUAUCCAGGUUUCAUUUCUACCAAAAGAUGAGACUUGAUUUUGCAUUUAUUCUAUUUCUGCUGCAUUUAUUUUUUAAUUAUACCUUCAGUCAAUGUAUCUAAAUGUGCCCACUAGCAGUCGCUGAGAUUAUAAAUGACAUUAUAUAAUAUCCAGGGGGUUAUGAUUCUAAAAAAUUAGUUACUAUUAUGGUUGUUAUAGGAAUGAGUGAUUGUUGCCACACUUUAAUGAGAUUUAAUCUUCACACAGUAUUCAGGAAACACAGUUUUAACAAGUUUCAGAUAAUCAGAAGUCUAAAGGAGAGACAAAAGAUAUGAACCACGUAUCAAUAUUAUGACAUUAUUUCAAUAUUUUUUGUAGAAAUUAUUUUUGUUUGAAGUUACAAUAAAUGAUAAAAAAAAUACA